AUGGAGAAGUUACGGUCUUGUCAGAUACGGUUUUCUGAGUACUUGGAGAAGAAGAAUGUUGUUACUGAUUUCCUAAGCGUAUGUGAAACACGUUCAGGUAUCAGUAAACUGUAUUUAGCAUAUGGAGUGAUUGCGUUUUUGACGCUGUAUUUAGUCAUUGGUUAUGGGACGGAUAUACUUACUCUACUUGUUGGUGCUUUGUACCCAGCAUAUCAAUCCCAUAGAAACUCACGAGAAAGAAGACGAUACGAAAUGGCUAACCUACUGGGUUGUUUUUGCUUCUGUUCAACUUUUCGAAGCCUGUACAGCAAUGAUGGUCUACUACCUACCGUUAUAUCCCAUAAUAAAAUGUGCCUUCCUAAUUUAUUGCAUGAUUCCUAUCUCACAAAAUGGAUCCUUGCUUAUUUAUCGACAUAUCGAUUCAGUGUUAAACAGUACAGCUGGUAUUGCUGGGAACCUAGUGGAAGACGAAUUUUCCAUAUCAAGGAUAAAGAUCCAUUAUUUGAAUGAACUGUGACUCAUUUGGUGAGCAACCUAAAUUUAAAAGUUUUGUAACGCCCUCUACCUGCCAAGACUUGGAAGGAACUUAUACUAUACAGAUAUGACUACCAGCUGGCGCAAAAUCUAGUCUAAAUUUUCAUUAUACCUUUAUUUGUCAGAUUUUUUAACCUCCAUAAUAAAUUAUCUACGGUCAAAUUAAAGUCGAUUUUAUGAAAUUAACUGGAUUAUUUUGUUGCAACUUGAAUCCAUCUUUGGUCAUUCAAGUUGGGAUCAUCGUGAUUUCAUGCUCUGGUCCAUUCCGAAGUUUCGUGAGAUUCAUCGAAUCAUUUAAUAGCACACGUAUAGUGUAAAUGCAAUUUAUUUUUUACCAAGUUUAGGUCGAUGUAUUUGUCUUUGAACGGGACAUUUUUGUUUGUGAAAACCAAUCAUAACAUCCGGAUUUACGAAAUAAGGUCGAUGAGAUGGGAUACGCUUUUUUUAUGACAUCGGUAAAGUACUAGCUAGAAUUAUAUGAUGUGACUUUCAGACUUGUAUUUUGAUCACACUUACUGCCUCGAGACUAACUCCCUAAUAUUUCAAAUUUAAUUCCUGACCUUAGUGCUUGGUCGUUCUUAUUAUGAUUGGUACUAAAUUGUUUCUAUUGGUUCACCACUCAUCUUGUUAAUUUUAUCUCGUGCUAACAUGGUAUGAAAACUUAGGCCCACUCACAUUUGUCCCAAGCUUUAAGUUGAUCCUAACCAGCUGAUAUGAGUAUAUGUGGUAGCCUGAGGUUCAGCUCAAGAUCCAACUUUCUUUUCAAAUUGACUUAACUUGUAAUCCACUCCUAGUUUUACCAUCUAAUCUUUGUGUUCAUCAACUUCACAAUCCGUUUGUAAUUAAGGCUUUUAUUUGGUUACUAUAAAAGCCCUAUCGUCUUGUGAAUACCUUCAGUUUGUUCAACAUAUCUGAGAAUAUGUAUGUUUAUUUUUUUCUUUUCUUCCCAGUCAUUCACAAAUCAAUCGAGAAACCAUAACACCAAGGUAUUUUUCCUCGAAGGAUUUUUAAACAGUAAAUCUUUCUAGCGCUACGUCUCCUAAUCAACAACUGUUUACGAUUGCUGCCACCCAUUCAAGCCAAACUUAUCUUAAAUGAUAUAACGUGGUGUGUUUGUGAUUCAUUUUCAGAUUUUCCUAUCCUAUGUACAAUUCCACGAGAUCUAUUCAUAUAAGUAUCACAACAUUUUUUCCCAUAUACAUUUAUAUAACAAUUACAAGAGUAGAAGAAAGUACCCUCACUCAUUCUGUUCAUUGUAAAGAAAAGUGUGGAUAAUUUUAUUUAUCCUGUUUUUUUCAGUCCCUCUUUUUGGUUUUGUUUUGAUUUAGACUUAUCCAUUUUAAGAUAAUUAUAUUGUUCGCUAUUUUGUAAUUGGUUAAUGUUGAUGAUUUUAAUCCAUAUCAUAUGUUUUUCACUUGUGAAUACACUUAUUUCUUUUCUUGA